GAGAGAGUUGGGACAGGAGAGUUGGGGAGGAGAGAAAGAGGGGGAGGUAAAAGGAGAGAGAGUGGAUAUUUAGAGAAACAUGGGAUAAGAGAUCAUCUGGAACAAAACUUUCACUGUGGUUGGGUUUAUCUUUGGAUGUGAGGACUUAGUGUGUUGUGUCGACUUUGAUGUACGAAAGGGUCUCGGAGUAAUGAAGCUGUGGUCUAACAAUCCUCAACUAAGUUGAUUUGUCUACUUUUCAAGAAAAACAGAGGUGCAUGUCUUUGUAGGAGUUGUACUAGCCAAGAGGAGAAAUAGCUAUUUUGGUUGUUUUCAUUCUUGUCCAAUGAUCACUUUGCUGUCUUUACUUUGUGGAGGAAGAAGGGAAGGUAGGUCAGAUCAGCAGCAAUAUUUCUAAAGUUAGCAGCGGUCUCUCUCUCCAGCCCUCUGGACUGUGGAGCGGGCUCCUCACACACACCUGUUUGUCAGGAUCCCCAGUGAGCGCAGCAGCAACAACAGCCAUAGGUGUCUGCACAGUUGUAGCCUAAGAGGAGAUCUGUGGAUCUGUGCAGCUGUUGUCUGUUCUGGAUUGGAAGCCUCUGUCUGUGGAUGUUACUGUAGAGGCUUGACCAGACCUGCCUCUGUGUCCUGGGUAGAGUGUGGAGAUGUCAUCUAUGUACCCCCGCACCAAGGAGCUCUCCAGGACUAGGAAGUCUCUGUCCGACUCACCACCCUCUUCACCCUCUCCUACCGCCAAGAACUUCAGACAUGACAGGGCAUCAAGGUUGGACUCUGGUGGUGGAGACAGCACGGCUGAACCUCUGGGUAGAACCAGCUCCUACACACGCAGGGAAACCAGAUUGGCAGCGCUGAACAAGCAUGAGGACGACACCAGCUCCAGGGAUUACAAGAAGAUGUAUGAAGAUGCUUUGGCAGAGAAUGACAAGCUCAAGUCCCGGCUGGAUGAUAGCAAACAGGAGCUGACCAAGAUACGCACCCAGCUGGACAAAGUCACCCAGAAACAGGACAGAGUAUCUGAAAGAUCCACUGUACUUGAAUCAGAGAAAAGGGAAAAACAGGCUCUGGAGAAGAGGGUAACGGACAUGGAGGAAGAGCUCAAGGUCUUGACAGAGCUUAAAUCAGACAACCAGAGACUGAAGGAUGAGAAUGGGGCUCUGAUCCGUGUCAUCAGCAAGCUGUCCAAGUAAGAAGCCUCUGUCCAAAGUCAUAGUAUACUUCCUUCAAGCUUGCAAUGUGUGUCACUAUCAUUGGCCUUCGACACCCUGCCACCCUGAGACUGUACCAUGGUGCUCAGUGACACUUACCUGCCAACUGUUCUCAGAGGCAUGGUGAGGAACCGUCAAAUUCCUGAUGACCCCUGGCCUACUAUGACUCCAUGUUCAUUGGCUCACUUCAUACCAGGAGGUCAAAGUGGGGAGGAGAACACACAGCAUUGGCUCAAAGAGGGUGUUGAUCUGGGGUACAGUAAACUCCGAAGCUCCAGGCCAGAAAUCUCUAACCAAUAUCACAUCCACAUAUUUGACCUAUACAUCACAAACAUAUGUUGAUUCUGUGCUUCAGUGUGCACUGCAGAAAAAAACGACUGAAAAAACAAUCAUAGGUAUAACUGUUAUGACAUUGAUAACGUUACACAUUGUCAGUUGUUAUGAGGUGUUUAUAUCAUUAGUCUUUAUGGUUUGUAGUUCAAUUGAAGUCCACAUUUCCAUCACAGACCAUUUUCUCUGAGCUGCUCAUGAACCUUUUCUUGCUUUGAUUUUAGUGUGGUGUACUGUACCAUGGUCUCUGGCGAGACAGAUGUCACAUUUGUUGGAUAUUUUUAUAUAAUUUAUGCAUUUUUUUUCCUUCAAAUAUU